GAAGCAGAGCAGAAGAUGGUCUGGUGAGAGAUGCAUUUCAGUUUGAAGUACUGCAGACACAGCAUGAAGAAAUCAAACAGAAGCUGAAAGAAAUGCAGGAAGAAAUUCUCAUUAAAAAUGGAGAAAUUAAAAUUCUACGUGACUCGAUGCAGCAGAUGGAGUGUGCUAUGGAGGAACAGAAGAGAUCAUACCUGCAACUGGAACAGCAGAAAUCUCAGACCCUAAGUGAUAAAGAAAAGGAGUUCUCCAAAAAGUUGCAGUCAUUGCAGUCAGAGCUGCAGUUCAAAGAUGCAGAAAUGAAUGAAUUAAGAACACGACUCCAGAACUGUGAAAGAAGCAAACAAGUUCCAACAACAAGCCCUAAAAAGAAUUUUGCUGUACAAGUGAAAUCAGAAGAAUGUUCAUCACAGCCUGGAAGAAGAUCUUUUCCUACAAAGGAAUCCUUCAGUGCUGAGAUGUCCACUAGACCAUCAUGUUCUUCAGGAAAUAUGCUGGCCCCGACUACGUCGACCAAAGAAGACAGUAAGAUAAUCCAUCCUGAAGUUUCGUCCCUGAAGCAUGAAACAAGGGGCAAAAACGCUUCCUACCGCACUGUGCCUAAAGGAAACACACAAGGUUCUAUCUUACUGAAUGCACUGAUGAAGCAGCCCAUUGUCCCUGGGUCAUUACUAGGACUCUGCCAUCUUCUUUGUAGCAGCUCUGAGCCUCUGCCUGGAGCUGCGUUGCAUCCUAACUCUUUGGAUACGAAGUCCACACAACUACCCACCGGCAGGACAACUCAGGAAGAAAUUGCUCCUCCUGUAUCCCUGCAAGAAGCUCAAAAACUUGCAGUAACAGGGUUGAACCUGAUUGCUAUGGAUGAAGAAUUAUCUAAAGGAAGCCCAGCAGAAAGCCAGAGAGUGUUUCUGCCCCUCACACAGUGCAAGAUCCGAGGUGCUGUGCACCUCCUGCCCUUGGUGGAACACCACAUUGGUGCCUACUGCCGAGUGGGACAAUUGUUGGACACAUCAGGGAAUGGUUCUUGUGGAAACCAUUCAGCUGUUUCUUCCAGAACCAACACAAAUAUGGUGUCAGCUAAGGAGGACUUCAGGUUGUCUCUUGAGGAAACUACAGUUCUAUCACUGGGAAUUCUUUACUAUUUGGUGUUCUAUAGCUGGGAUGUUAGGCACACAUUGCUGUCUGCUGAAGUGGAAAGAAGUUCUGCUGCUGGAGAUGAACAGGCUGCCAAGAUGGACAAAAAUGUGUUGUGUGAUAAUAAAGAAGAUAGCAGGACACAAGGAGGGCUGCCUGCAGCUCCCCAGGUUGCUCCCAGUAGUGAUCGAGCUCAACAUCCUUUGUUUAAAAAGCUGCUUCAGGUUUUAGCUUUUUCUGCUGCAAGAGGCUCCCAGACUGACAGUAUCCUGAGCCAGAGCCUGAAGGUUUUGGUGAAAUUAGCUGAAAAUUCAACAACAGACUUGCUCAUGAAUUUUCAGCACUUACUGAGUAGCCAGGCACUGCUGCACUGUCUGUGUCCAGAGACCCCUCUGCCUGCUGUCCUUCUGACUGUGAGGCUCUUGUCUGCUCUUGCUCAGCACCACGGGUUGGUUGCUCAGCUCUGUUCUCAUUCAGACACCUGCCUUCUCCUUGCACUGUACAUGUAUAUAACAUCAAGACCAGAUAAAUCAGCAUCUGAAAUGCUUUGGCUUCAGCUGGAGCAAGAGGCAGUCAGACUCCUGACACGGUGCAUGAGGUGCUCCAGACCAGCAGUUCUGUUACCUGGCACAGACUGCCAGUGCAACCUCGAGGUCGUUAAGGCACUAAUUAUAAUGUUACAUAGACAGUGGCUGAAGCUUAGAAGAUCUGAGAACAGCUUGUGUGCACAUAAGGAACAAAUUAUUCAGUUUUUACGGGAUGCUGUUUUACUCUUACACAGCCUAUCCCAGAAAGAUAAACUGUUCCAUGACCACUGCUUGGAAGUUCUCCAUCAGUAUGACCAAGCCAUGCCAGGCAUAAGAGCCAUUCUCAAAAAGACUCAAAAACUGAGUGCCUGUGAAGAGCUGAUUUUGGAUGAAUUGUAUCCUCCUGAGCCAGAAGACCAAGGAAUGGACUCCAGUUAGCCACCAUCUACCAAAGAUCUCUGUCCUUCCUCGUCUGAAUCAUCGUAAUCAUUGCCAGUGUAAAUCUGAACCUUAAAUCAUCUUUUUAUUAAGUGAUAACCUAAAGGUUGCACUCAGAUGCAGCACAACUAGGACAC